AUGGCGAUAGAAGCGAUUCCGAGUCAACACAUUCAACACCAGAAGAUGAGAGAAUCAGACGAUUAUUCUUCACGUGUUUGUACACAAUUGGAAAUGGAGUGCUGUGUCGAUGAGAUAAUGAAGGAGUUGGGCGCCGACAUCAAUGGUCGUAUCUCUUACUCCGAUUUUGUUAAGAGAAGAUCUCAAUUAUUGGAUGUAAAAUACAAUUCUGACACUUCGGAAGAAUGCGAUUCUUUAAGCGAAACGAAGAAACCUCUGUUAUCUGAAGAUUACUGUCAGACAUACAGUUUCGAGACAAAUAGUAACCUAUCAUCGGCUGAAGAGCCAGCCUUUGCAACACUUCCGAGUCAUUCUUCAGUAUAUUGUGAGGAAAAUAAACCGAUUUGGGAUCAGAGAGGGGUCAGAGUGCAUGAGAAUGAAAGCAGUGGUCACGAGAGUUGGGAAUACGAUUCCGGCACUCAUGACCUCGAGAUCGAUAUUAUAUCCCUUCACAAACAGAUUGAGGCGUCGGGUAUUGAAAUGCCCUCUAAUGUCAACGAACUCUUGGAUUUGGCAAACAGAUAUUACAUCGAGUCUAUAAAUGCCAUCAAACAAGACAAACGCCAAAUAUAUGACAAAUUAAAAUCAAUUCUUCGUGAACACGAUUUUCUACAAAAACAGAUCACUUGUCUUAAGGAAGAGAAGAUACUUAUAAUAAAAGACUUGGAAAAGAAAAAAUUAAAGGAACGCAAGGAAUAUGAGUGCAAAAUAACAGAAUUGCAAUCAAUUAUUGGCGAAUUGUCUCACGAUUUGAAUUAUUAUCAAUUUUUGACGAUCAAAGAAGAAGAAGACGACGACUCAAAUGAUACACAUUUGGAGAAUAAUAUGGAAAUAAAUUGUCAAAAAUCUAUUCUCAACUCAAAUACGAAUUUAAAAAUGGAAAUUAAAUGCAAUGAAAAUGAAAAACUGUCCGAAAAUGACUGGAUUUUGUUUGAAAAGGAAAAUACAGACGAAAUGACUGCUGGAGAUGACAGACAUUCAAAUGCGUUACAAAUCGAUAGACUCGAGAGCAGAAUCACUCAUCUCGAGACUCAGAUCGAUCUCUCGGCUCUUCAUCUCAACCAAAGCAAAGAAAGUACUGAAAGAUUAAGUGUUUUACUCGGAAAAUACGAGUCCAAUAACACUGCACUGGUAUUGGCUCUCAAUUAUUCAGAUAAGGCGUUGGAAAUAAAUGAAUUAUUGGUCGCUCUCCUCAAGACUGAAAUUGGUUUAGUGUUAGCCAAUUGCCGAGCGGCUGGAGUCGGACAGACGGGCAAUACAUCAGAAGAGGAAGAAAGAGAAGAAGUGAUGCGAAUCUACGAAAUGGCAAAUCAUCGGAGAAAAGUAGCCGAAGAAUUAGCUCUUGAUUAUUUGACUAAAUAUUGCCCUGAAUUUGAUAUGAAAACGAAUAACACUGUCGUAAAAAACUCUAUAACAAGAAUAGAGCCCUUUAUAAUAGACUCCGAUAAAGACAUCGAAUAUAUGAAUGAAUCGGAAAAGUGUUGUUUGAAUUCUGUUAUGGAUGUCGAAGAUAUGGUUGCUCUUCAAGAUUUGGUCUCAAUUAAAGAAAUGAAUGCAAACUUAAGAUCACAGAUAUAUACACUACAAAAUGAAAAUUCAGAUCUCGUCGAAGAAGUGAUACAAUUUAAGACGAUUUGCGAGAAAAAUAAAAUGUCAAAACAUGAUAAUGAAAAUAAAACGAAACAACUUGAUGAAAAUAAGAUAAAUCAUGAAUCGAUGGAGAAAUUAACCAAAGCUAAUGGUAAUUUAAUGAAAGAAUUGGAAAGAAUUAAAAAGAAAUAUACGAUUAAAACGAAAAAAUUGGAGCAAAAGAUGGCUUCAAUAAGCCAUCGGAAUAGCGCUCACAUUAAAAUAUUACAAAACAAGAUCAGUCUAUUGGAAAAUGAGGGUUCCGUCAGGAAAUGCAUUGAAACCACAAUUUAAUUGUAGAUCUCAUUAAUAAUAUUUAAUUGCUAUUAAUUUAUGGUUUCA